UGUGUCUUGAUUUUGUUCUCUUUCUUAUUGCCUGUUUUCUCCUCCCUUUCCUUAUCUUGUAAAUUGCGGAGACAGUUUCAUCUCAAUGGGAUACACAAGGCUGGGGAUGUGGUUCUGGGUGGGCUGUUUGAGGUCCACUACUCAUCUGUCUUCCCUGAGCUUUCCUUCACCACAGAGCCAAAUCAGCCCAGGUGCCGAGGCUUUGAUAUUCUAGGAUUCAGGCAUUCUCAGACGAUGGUCUUUGCUAUUGAUGAGAUCAACAGAAAUUCCAACCUGCUUCCUAAUGUGACUCUGGGAUACAGCCUUUACGACAACUGUGCCACACUUGGAAUUGGAUUUCGUGCUUCAUUAUCACUGGCUAGUGGCCAAGAGGAGCAAUUUCUUUUGGAUGAGACCUGUGUGGGGGCCCCUCCGGUCCUGGGGAUUGUGGGUGAUUCAUACUCAACGUUUACAAUUGCCAUGUCAAGUGUAAUAGGUUUAUACAAGUUGCCCAUUGUAAGCUACUUUGCCACAUGUCCCUGCCUGAGUGAUCGUCAGCGCUUUCCAUCCUUCUUCAGAACAAUCCCAAGUGAUACUUUCCAGGUGCGUGCCAUGAUUCAGAUUCUGAAACACUUUGGUUGGACAUGGGCAGGUCUCCUGGUCAGUGAUGAUGACUAUGGACUCCACGCUGCCCGGUCCUUUCAAUCUGACCUGGCUCAGUCUGGCGGAGGUUGUCUGGCCUACGCUGAGAUUUUACCCUGGGGCAAUGAUCCAAUUGAACUUAGAAAGAUUGUCAAUUUGAUAAAAAAAUCCACAGCUCGUGUGGUCAUUGUGUUUGCACAUGAGAUUCACAUGAUUAACCUUAUGGAGGAGGUGGUGAGGCAGAAUGUGACAGGCCUGCAGUGGAUAGCCAGUGAAGCUUGGACAUCAGUAUCUUUGCUUCAGACACCCCGCCUCAUGCCGUACCUGGGUGGCACUCUGGGCAUUGCCAUCCGUCGAGGAGAAAUUCCAGGACUCAGGGAAUUCCUUUUACAAAUACGUCCUGAUCUUCACUACAACAACAGCUAUGGAAAUAACAUAGUUAAUCAGUUUUGGGAAUAUACGUUUCAGUGUCGAUUUGCACCACCUCCAGCAGGUUGGGUGGAAGCUGGAGGGGCACUGUGCACUGCACAGGAAGAUCUAGAGAAUGCAGAAACGGAGUUGUUUGAUGUGUCAGAACUCAGGCCUGAGUACAACGUAUACAAGGCUGUGUAUGCUCUGGCCUAUGCACUUGAUGACAUGCUGCACUGUGUGCCAGGAAGAGGACCUUUCAGCGGGAACAGUUAUGCUGGAUUGCAAAGACUGGAGCCAUGGCAGCUUGUACAUUAUUUGCAAAACGUCAACUUCACCACACCUUUUGGUGAUGAAGUAUCAUUUGAUGAGGAUGGUGAUGUCUUUCCAAUAUAUGAUGUCAUGAACUGGCUGUGGCUCCCUGAUGGACGAACAAAGAUUCAGAAUGUGGGUGAGGUUAAAGAGUCAGCUGAAGGUGAAGAACUCACACUGGAUGAAGACAAAAUCUUCUGGAACUCUGAAUCCAAACAGCCACCCCGGUCAGUGUGCAGUGAGAGCUGUCCUCCAGGUACACGCAUGGCUAGAAAGAAAGGGCCACCUGAGUGCUGCUUUGACUGCAUCCCUUGUUCUGAGGGAAAGAUCAGCAAUAAGACUGACUCCAUGGAGUGCACCAGUUGUCCAGAGGACUUCUGGUCCAGCCCCCAGCGUGACCACUGUGUUCCUAAGAAAACUGAGUUCCUCUCCUACCAUGAGCCUCUGGGUAUCUUCCUGACUACAGCCUCAUUGUUGGGCACAUUUAUUUGUGUUGUAGUCCUGGUAAUCUUCACAUAUCAUCACAAUACACCAAUGGUACGUGCCAACAAUUCAGAACUGAGUUUCCUGCUCUUGGGGUCACUUAAACUAUGUUUCCUGUGUUCACUGCUGUUUAUCGGCCGUCCCAGACUGUGGACAUGCCAACUGAGACAUGCAGCAUUUGGGAUCAGCUUUGUGCUUUGUGUAUCCUGCAUCCUGGUGAAAACCAUGGUGGUUCUUGUUGUGUUCAAGGCCUCCAAGCCAGGAGGUGGAGCCAGUCUGAAGUGGUUUGGUGCUGUGCAGCAGAGAGGAACAGUUCUGGUUCUUACUUCUAUUCAGGCAGCAAUCUGCACUGCUUGGCUUGUCUCUGCUUCACCAGCUCCUCAUAAAAACACUCAAUACUACAAUGACAAGAUAGUUUAUGAAUGUGUAGUCGGGUCCACAGUUGGUUUUGCAGUAUUACUGGGUUACAUUGGCUUAUUAGCUACUAUCAGCUUCUUGUUAGCAUUUCUGGCAAGGAAUCUUCCAGACAACUUCAAUGAAGCCAAACUCAUCACUUUCAGCAUGCUGAUCUUCUGUGCUGUGUGGGUGGCCUUUGUUCCUGCUUAUGUAAACUCUCCAGGAAAAUAUGCAGAUGCAGUGGAGGUAUUUGCCAUCCUGGCCUCCAGUUUUGGUCUCUUGGUGGCUCUGUUUGGACCCAAAUGUUUCAUAAUUUUGCUAAGACCAGAGAGGAACACAAAGAAAGCAAUCAUGGGUCGGGGAUAA